CUUUUACCAGGCUCUCGCCCCACUUCCGGCCAUCUCAGGCCUCUUUCCGCCCGUGCUUUGCCGGCUUUAUCUUUGCUCUGUAGGUCGUUCCCGGCGCCUGGACCCGGUCCCUGCGCACCGCUCGCCGGCACCAAGCGUCUCGUCCCUCCUCCCGAGUCCCUCCGAGGCUCGGAGCGACUCUGCCGUGCGUCUUCGCGGGCCGCCCGGGCUGAGGCCUGCCGCGCGCGGCGAGUCCGCGCAGACCUGACCCCGCGUUUCCCCGCAGCUCCGUUGAGGCCGCCGCCGUCGCCUCGGGAUGCCGGGGCCGGGGUCCGCGCAGCGCUGGGCGGCCGCCGCGGGCCGUUGGGGCUGCAGGCUGCUCGCGCUGCUGCUGCUGGUGCCGGGGCCCGGCGGCGCCUCCGAGAUCACCUUCGAGCUGCCGGACAAUGCCAAGCAGUGUUUCUACGAGGACAUCACGCAGGGCACCAAGUGCACCCUCGAGUUCCAGGUGAUUACUGGCGGUCACUAUGAUGUAGACUGUCGGUUAGAAGAUCCCGAUGGUAAUGUGUUAUACAAAGAGAUGAAGAAACAGUAUGAUAGCUUUACCUUCACAGCCUCCAAAAAUGGGACAUACAAAUUUUGUUUCAGCAAUGAAUUUUCUACUUUCACACACAAAACCGUCUAUUUUGAUUUUCAAGUUGGAGAGGACCCACCUUUGUUUCCUAGUGAGAACCGAGUCAGUGCUCUUACCCAGAUGGAAUCUGCCUGUGUCUCCAUUCAUGAAGCUCUAAAGUCGGUCAUCGACUAUCAGACUCAUUUCCGUUUGAGAGAAGCUCAAGGCCGAAGCCGAGCGGAAGACCUAAAUACCAGAGUGGCCUACUGGUCCGUAGGGGAAGCCCUCAUUCUCCUGGUGGUCAGCAUAGGGCAGGUAUUUCUCCUGAAAAGCUUUUUCUCAGAUAAAAGAACCACCACAACUCGAGUUGGAUCCUAACUACGUUUUGAGAAUUGACGCACCAUUGCCACCAUAAUAUUGCUGUCCUCUAAUUAAUUUUAGGUACCGAAGAACUUGAUAUUGGCAACAUUUUUAAACCUUACUCAUACACUUGUUGGGGGGGAUGUACAGUGCAUAUCCCCAAGCUGUGGAAAGGACACCUUUUUUUAUUUGUAAAGGUAGAAAAACUUCGGAACUUACUUUGGGCUCCCCAUGUUCAAUAGUCAGCACCAAUGAUCUCAGUUGUUUCUAUCUACUCUUUGCACACUAAACUGGUAUUUUGAUUUCUUUUAGCCAUUUAAAAGUACUUUUCUUAUAGGUAGUGGAUAUUUUAAAAACCUUCAAUUUAAUAUCUGUGUGUUGUGGAGGAAGAAAAUUGCCUUUUAAUUGUUUAUAGUACAGUUUUGUUUUUCAGAAAACCAAAAGUGAUUAACUGUAGCCCAGGCCCUAUUCUGCACUGUUUAAUUUGGGGGUGGGGGGAGCCACCGUGGAAACGUCAGUUAAGAAACGUUAGUUAAUACUGAUAUAAUUUUAAAUUGAUGCAUCAUGGUAAACUUUAUUUCAUGCUAGCUUGGAAAAUGUCAGAUUUUUGGUUUUUUGUGUGUUUAUUCUAUGAUUUAUAAGCAGAUACAUUCUUUUUUUCCUGAAGACAUUCUUAACCACAGAGAAAAUAGUAUGUUUCGAUAGCAUAACAGUUUAUACAAGCCUUAAAAAUCAGACUGUUAAAACAGGUAGAGUAAUUACAGAACAACUUAAGAUUCUAUAGUGGGAGGCAAAUGAAAUGAGAAAAGUCUCAGCGAGUUAUCUGCACAUUAUUACAUUUUCAGUGCUUUUACAAAGAAAAAAGGUGGUCUGUUUUAUUUUAACAUUUUGAUUGGCCGGUUCGUGCCCUAAUGUGGCUUCAGUGUCUGAGUCAUUCCCCGCUUAAAUUAACAGUUGUAAUAUUCGUAUUGUAAAAGUGCCAUAUAUUUUAUCCUGAUGGGUGUGAUGCACUGAGAAGUUAGUUUCUUUGGUUUUUUUCUUUCUUUCUUUUUUGUUUUGGUUUGGUUUUUGGUUUUUGUCUUGUACAUGUAAUUUGUACAAUCUCUGGUUAGCCACCCUAAGAUGAUUUGAAACUUUAGAAUGCCGUGUGUUUCUUAUUUGAUGAUCUUCAUCGAUUGUACUGCAUUUAAUGAUUAUUAAACAGUGCAUAUUCUGUACACUAUAGGGUUUAGACUGUGUUUGUAUUUUAUAACUUGUGUAGACUGAGCUGAUCGAUUUGUCAGAUUUGUUCAGGUAUUCCAGAAGAGAAUACAAGACAAGUGAGAAACUCUAUAGGUAUUUAAAGCUUUUCUGCUGUUAAAAAAAAAAAAAAAAUUGCAACUGCUUUUUGCCCUGCCUCCCUCCCCCACCCAAGAGUGAUGAGUGCUGAGCAAGACUGCCCUAUUGUAGAGAUUCUGGUAAGUAGCACAUAGCUAGAAUAGAAUAGCAGUUCAAGUCACUUAUCACUGUGGACUAGAAGUUAACUCUUAAUGCUAAGCUGUCUUUAACUGUCUUCAAAAAGCAUAUACACUUCUUCCUGUAAGAGCAGAACAAAUUCAUAGUUGUCAUGCUUGCUAAUUUCAGUUGCCACAGUGUAGCAAGGGACGAACCAUUUUCAACCCUUGAAUUCUAAAAAUUUCCAAGACCAAAUAGCAACUCCUUAAACUGUGUAUCAGGAACUGGAACUCUCAGAUUUUGCAGAUUUACCUAUUUGGGUUCUUGCAGUGGAGUUGUCCUGCAGCUUUCUAAGUGUCCCUCUAGAUAAAGUUUUGCACAUUUUCAGCACUAGCGUUAUUGUGAUUGAUAAGCACGGGCAUGCAUCCCGUGUCCUUCUCUCUGGCUACCUGUCUGCUCUGUUGACUUCGGACACUUAACACCAUAAUGAGGCAGAGUCAGGUAUCAUCAGUGCACGGAGUGAGCAUAGGUAAUGUCAUCUGAUCUGUGCCUAUCAAAACUUGAUGAUACUAGACUAUUACUACAAAUAACUUUUGAUGAAACUAUUGAGGUAGGUUAAAAUUUCUGAAAUCACCACUGUUACCCGCUGUAGAAAAUAGUACAGGCUUAAUCUAGUCUGUAUGUAACUGGUUCAAGUUUGAUGGCAGUCUAUACUCAACCGGGUAUGUAUAUGUAAAUUAGAAAAUACAUCUCUAUCCAGACCUAAAUGUUAAGGCCUUUUUUCUUUCUUCCUCCUACUAUAUAAUUUGUAGCUCAUCUUUUUUCUUUAAUCCUUUCAUGACUUGUUGGAACAGUUUGAAUUUCCCAAAUAUUUAUGUUUAGACAGAUGGCUCAGAAUAUAUAUUUAACAUCACUAGCUGUAUAUAUUUUUAAAGUAAAAUAAAUAAUGGAAAGGGACUUGAUACACAAGUUUAUUACUAAAAUUUCAACUGUGUGAAGAUCCAUUUUAAGAUAUUACUUUGCUAAUAAUCUAAACAGUCUUUUUUCUAUAAAACAAAUGGUUUGUGGUUCACAGCUUUCAUCCUGACUGAUGUGAUAAUCAACUUUGAAAAUAGAGUGAACUGAAAAGCAAUUUUAUUCUUUGAAAGGUUUCAUUUAAAUCUCUGUACAUCUACUUUUGCUUCAGUUUGUAAAUGUGUAACAUUUAUAGUUAAAUAGGACAAAGCAGACCCUAUGACUAUUGUUUUAAAAAAUUAAACAAGUUAAUAUAUAAAUAAUUCCAAGGGGGGUUUCAUUUACUUUUGGAAAGAAAAAUUUCUCUGAACACAUGUUGGUUCUCCAGGAUUGCACCAAUCAAUUCUUGUAGAAUAAAAAAACAAUCUUUCAACAAA